GUCGCGUUCCGCAAGCAGUCAGAGUACGGAAAGCAGCAGCGCGAGUAGCGAGAACGUAACCUGCGUACGAAGUGUGAUCUCGUGUUUCCACGAAACAUUGGUGAUAAUCAUUUAAAGUAGUCGAAACGGAGUACAAAUACUAGACGGUCUUCGUCUUCUUCACCUUCGUCGCCAUCCAGAACAAACAGAACCAAUAGCUCUAAAAAAAUGGGUGACCGCAAAGCCGUGAUCAAGAAUGCCGACAUGGGCGAGGAAAUGCAGCAGGAUGCGGUGGAUUGUGCAACACAAGCGCUGGAAAAAUAUAACAUAGAAAAGGACAUUGCUGCCUACAUAAAGAAAGAGUUUGAUAAGAAGUACAACCCCACCUGGCACUGCAUCGUCGGCCGAAACUUCGGAUCGUACGUGACGCACGAAACGCGCCACUUUAUUUACUUCUAUCUCGGCCAGGUCGCUAUCCUAUUAUUUAAGAGCGGUUAGAUCACAAAAUUAGCUAAGUAUCUCCGGGCUUCAUCGUUUGUGCGGAUGGUGGAGCUGUAUUGGAAAAAAACACUUCGGAACAACAGGACUGGACGAGUGGAUGGUCGCGCGGAAAGGACAAACAACAAACACAAUGCCGUUUGAAACCAGUUGCUUGGUGUGGUGGUGAUGAGUAGAAUAAGUGGAUGAACGCGGUACCCGAAGUACAACUAGAAAUCGUGUGUUUGAAAUUUUGAGGAACGAAUCUGAUGCCUCUAUUAGAUGAUGCGGAUCCCCGGCGGAACGACCAGCUUCUGGAGAAAGAGAGAGAGAGAG